ACCGCCCUGGCUUUUGAAUUGAAUCAGUCUAUGGUCUUCAUCUCUCUGCCACCCUCUCCAACAAAACCAACCUUUGAAUCUUUCUUCAUCAAACCACUCUAUCAUUUCCAUUUCCAAAAUCUCAAUCUUUGAAACCCAAAUGCCACAUUUUUCUUUCUCACAUCACACCCUUUCUCCCUCCCCUCUCAUCAUAUCCCUUUUCUCUUGUCCCAUUGGACCAUUGAAAAUAAAAAACCUUGCAAACUUUGAUUUCAUUACAUACAUAUCUUAUCACAAUUCAAACCACCUUACCAUCUUUUUUUGUUUUUUGAACACCAACACUUGUUCUAUUGCAGUCUUUGGUUGGUAUUGAUUAUUGAUUAAACUAAAUUGACUUCAAUUUUUUGCUAUCAACUUUUUGAACCUUUUUAAUCCAAAAACAUAUACCCUUUUUGGUGAACUUCCCAAUUUUUUAGAAUCCUGGUGUGAGUGGUUUUUUUUUUUUUACUUUUUAUUAUUUGCUCCAGUUUUUAUCACAAAGGGUUGGAUUGAAUUGAAUUAAAUGGUUGUUGAGAUUUGCUCAGAAAACUGUGGGGUGUCAAUGACAAUGAGUCCAAGGAUUUCAUUCUCACAUGACUUCUCCCAAUCGGAUGUCAUCCCAGUUGAGAAGCACCCUUUGAGAUCAAACUCAUCUGGCUUGAACUCAAGCAUGGACUUUGAUUUCUGUGUUCAUGAAAGCUUAGAGCUUGAGUCCUCUUCAGCAGAUGAGCUUUUCUCACAUGGGGUUCUCCUUCCCACACAAAUCAAAAAGAAUAACAUCAACAACAACAAUGCUCUUUUGAAGCCAAAAAGUCAACUAGCACCACCACCACCUCAACCUCAAUUACCACCACCCUCGAAAGCUAUUUGUGACAGUGCUUCUUCCACCACCAGAAAAAGCUCAAAGAAAGAGAGCCACAAAGAUGGCAAGGAGUUGAAUGAUGAAGUGAAUGAGAAGCAAAGUUCCAAGUCAUUUUGGAGGUUCAAGAGAAGUAGCAGUUGUGGAAGUGGAUAUGGGAGUAGCUUGUGCCCUUUGCCACUUCUAUCAAGAAGCAAUUCAACUGGGUCUUCACCAAGUGUUAGAAGGAUACCACUUUCAAAAGAGGGUCAUCAUCAUGUUAAGCAAAAUUCUCAGAAACGUUCUUCUUCCAGCACAAGGUUUUCUCAGUCUCACUCCCUGGCUUCACACAAUCAUCAAAAGCCUCCAUUACAGAGGAGUCAUGGGUCUCAUGCUAAUGGUGUUAGAGUUAGUCCUGUUCUCAAUGUUCCUUCUGCAAACCUUUUGGGUUUAGGCUCAAUCUUCUCCAACAAUAGAGACAAGAGCAAGAAGAAGUAAUUUUACCAAAGAAAAAAAAAAGUUCAAUUCUAAUUUACAGUUUUACUAAUUUGCAAAUGAGUGGGGUCUACCCUUUUAUUAUGUGUACUUCCCAGGUUUACGAUCAUGUGAUUAGGAAAAUUUGGUGUAGAGUUUUGAAAGGUAAAUGAAGUGGUUUGCAUCAAGAAGACAAAGUGAUAAAGAAAAGAUGUGUGUGUGUGUGAGAAUAGCAUGGACAAGCAAUGAUUCAAUUCAGGCACAUGAUUUGGGGGCACAAAAUGUCAGGAAUAUGUUGCUUUCAUGGCUGUCCCUUCCUAGUGUUUUAUUUCUCUCUUCUUUUGUUCUUUUUGGUCACACAAAGUGUAAAUACAUUGAUUUAACUUUGUGUCCCUCUCUUGCUUUUUUCUUUUUCUUCUGAUUUUCUCCAAUUCUGUAUGAAUCUAAGAUUAAACGGGAAAAAGUUGAUGGUGCAGUUAUAACUUGUAA